CCCGCGCCUUCCCAAGCACGCCGCCUUGUAUUCUUCUCCCUCUCCCAGUCGUCCUCCUCCCCCGCUUCUCCACGGGGCUGGCGUGGAGUAGCGGCGGCUCCAUCUCCGGACCCGGGCGAUUCCUUCCCCUCUCGGGCUCAAGAUGAUCGGUUCAUUCAUUACCAGAGCUCUAACACUUGUUCUUGGAUAUGCGUACCCAGCCUAUGACUGCUACAAGAUGGUGGAGCUGAACAGACCUGAGGUUGAGCAGUUGCGGUUCUGGUGUCAGUACUGGAUUUUACUUGCAGUUCUCACUGUACUGGAGAGAGUUGGGGAUAGUUUCGUAUCAUGGUUACCGAUGUAUAGUGAAGCAAAGCUUGCAUUUAUCGUGUACUUGUGGUACCCCAAGACACGUGGGACUGCCUAUGUGUAUGAGUCAUUCUUCAAGCCAUACAUUGCAAAACAUGAAACUGAGAUUGAUCGAAAUCUGCUUGAGUUGAGGACAAGAGCUGGUGACAUGGCAGUUCUUUACUUCCAGAGGGUUGCAAACUAUGCUCAGACAAGGACCUAUGAAAUCUUGCAGUAUAUUGCCUCACAGUCACAGACUCAAAGACCUCGCCCUCAGGCACAGCAACAACAACAACGUCCACCACCACCACGGACCCGGCAGGUGAAUCCUGCACCUCCACCUGUUCCCACACCAUCGGCGCCUCCACUGCCACAACAGCUCGCCCAAGUUCCUCCGACUCCUCCAAGUCCUCCGAUUCCAGUUGCCCCUCCUGGUGCAGUGCCUCCUGUCCAGCCACAGCCACCACCUGUUCCUGAAGCUGUUGCCACCAACGGUCCCCAGAACUCCGAAGCCAUGCAGGUCGACCCAUCCCGCGCAUCGACAAGCAGCGCACUGCCACCACUACCACCUGAGGAGACGCUCAUCGAGGAGGCGAUUCGGUUGACACGAGGCCGGCUCAGGAGGCGCAUGGCUGGAGGAUCUGGACCACCACCGAAUUAGUCCCCGCCAAGGAUCAUUUCUCACCACUGUCUCUACGCUGAGUUGGUUCUGGAGCUGGUGCUCCUCUGAUAAUAGAGGGAAUGCUGGAUUGGUUAUACGGAUUUCGAUUUCCUUGCACGCAUUCCUACUGUAUAAACUGGAACCAGUUUCAUGUUGCAAAUUGUGAAUAGACCAAGGAACUGAAGUAGACGAUGUGGUGCCCACAGAUAAGUUUCACUAGCUAGGAAGGCAUUAGGAGAUGAUUGAGUUUGAUCUGUUGCAAACAUGAACGAAGUCAGCAGAUUUGGCA